UAAAAAGUAAAUUAUGAAGCGAAAUUAUAUCGUAAAAACAUGGCGCUGAGAUCAAUUAAUCUUAUAUGUAUGUCGUUCUAUGUGUUUUUACCAAAAUAGAUUUUUUGUUCAUUUUUUAACAAAACAUGCUUCGUUUAUUAACAAAUAUUAAUCUUAUAAUUAUGAUAUCAUUUAGAGUGACGCUUAAUCUAUGUAGUUAACUGUACACACAGCAGCACGUUAGGUUACCACAAUAUGUCAAAUUACAUAGUUUAUGUUGAGCUCUACUCUCAAUGUAUUAAGGUUUAAAAUCAAUUGUACUUUGACAGUUUCGUAGGUAUAACCUGACAUCGUGUUGACUGUACUGUACACUGACUAUCGUCCACAGGUCAGCAAAUUCCCGUGGCCGAGUCCCUCGGAGUCAUGAGCGCUCUAUCGGCGAUGCUGUCGCGAGUGUUUGAAUCGUCAAAGAAUUUAGACAACGUGGCCCUCCACCAUUUGAUAGACGCCCUCUGCAAGCUGUCCAAUGAAGCUAUGGAGCUCGCCUACUCUAACAGGGAGCCGUCGCUGUUCGCGGUGGCGAAACUACUAGAAACAGGUCUAGCGAACAUGCAUCGUAUAGAAGUCAUGUGGAGACCUAUCACUAAUCACCUGUUAGAGGUUUGUCAACACCCACACAUAAGGAUGAGAGAAUGGGGCGUGGAGGCUAUUACAUAUUUAGUACAGGCAGCUUUCCAGUACCAUCACAAUAACCCACAUUUGGUGACAGAGGUCUGUAUGAAUUAUGUAAUAUAGUUAUCGACAUGGAUUAGUUUAAAUAAGAAGCAUGUUUUAAAUUAAAUAUUUACCACUCCUGAAUUAGUAAUUUGUAAUUUUUAAUAAUUAGUUGACGUAUUUUCGUAACUUGAAUUCGUAGCGUCUAAAUAAAUACACUACUACAUGUAUUAAUCGUAGGCAUGCUCCUACAUCUACACUAUUUAUCGGAUAGUAAUGGUUUUAUUUCUUUAUAAAACGGAAAAGUAGGAAAGUCACAUAUCAGGGACAGGACAACCAAAAAUAAUAUUAAAGAGACUAUCUAUGUAAAGAAAUACAAGCUAUAUUAUAAAAUGAAAUGAAAAUAUCUUUAUUCAAGUAAGCUUGUUACAAGCACUUUUGAAUCGUCCAAAAUAGUUAUUUAAGAUACAAGUGCGGAAAGUAAGGUUUUCC